ACGAAGCAGACUGAUCGCAAGAAGUUUAAUGAGGUGGAGACGAGGCGGCGCACGGGAGGCUUUGGAAGAUGUCGCUGCAAGCUGAAUGGUGUGCCAAGGUCGUCUCCAACGCCGACGCCGACGCCGGUAUCAAGGCCCCUGCGGUUGAUCUCAAGACGUUUGCCCUCGCUCUCGCUCCAUGUUCUCAGCGUGCACCACUGGGCCCCGGCUAUCGUGGCCUUGAGCAGGACUUGUGCCUCCCGCAGGCGUCGUGCGCUGGGAUGUUACGGCCUUUGGUUCGAUCAGAGAUAUCAACAUGGCGAGGUAUCCUUAGUAGCGAGGAAUAGAUGGAGGUACCGGCGAGUGAAUGGCUGGGAAAUUGUGGACGGCGGCGAAGUUGGCGUGCGCGAUUGAUCGUUGCCCUCGUCUUUCGGGCUUGAAGCGCUCCUUGCACGCAUCGAAACCGAGCAUAGUAAGGAGCAUGUGAAGG